ACUCCUUUUUCUUUAAACAUCGAUCGAACCGCACAAAAAAGAUAAUUAAAAAUGCAAAGAAUCGCCGCAAGCGCAAAGAGAGUCGUGGGAACGGCGUCGUUUGAGGCGCCACCGCCGGCCGUUAGGGUUCUGCAGCGGCUCUACCACGAGAGGGUGGUUGACCACUACAACAACCCCCGGAAUGUUGGAUCGUUCGACAAGAACGACCCGACGGUGGGUACGGGUCUGGUCGGGGCACCCGCGUGUGGCGACGUCAUGAAACUCCAGAUUAAGGUUGAUGAGAACACCGGAAAGAUCGUCGAUGCUCGCUUCAAGACCUUCGGCUGUGGAUCGGCUAUUGCUUCUUCAUCCGUUGGUAUGUUCGUAAGAGGAAACAUAGGAAUUGGAUGGGUUGGUAGGGUAAAAACUAGGGUUUAUGCCUUUUGUUGUGUUUGAAUUUUCAAUUAUUGA